UAGUGUGAAGUAAGUGAUGUGGAAUUUCUUUAUGUGAGCAAGAUUUUUGUUGUCCAGUCAUGAGUUCAGAUUCUCAAAAGGUCACUGUAUUUUUUAUUAUUACUUUUCUCAUUUUUGUCAAUGCAUGGCUGCUGUUUCAGCUUGCGUUUGGAUAGAAACCUUUAAUACUUGCUUCCACUCAAGAGUAGCUGUCCAAACCUGCACUGGACACUGGCCUUUUGAGUGAGUGUGCUGGAGUUUCUGUGUUUAGUCGUAGAGUGGCGUAGGCACGUAGAGAUUAUGCUUUUAUUCUGAAAAUCGCAACCGGAAGUGUAAGGGCACUUCUUUUUAUAUCAUUAAGAUAUCGGAGAUCCUCAUUCACAUUUUGGCAUUAUUUUCAUUUUAAGACCGCUAUCAAGUCCAUACAUUCAGCUUUUAAAGAGCUAAGUUAGUUUACUGUUAAAUGUACCAAUGAAGCUAGCGUUUGAGGCAGCAAAUUAAAAGUCCUAUAAGAAAACGGGAGUUAGCGGUAACGUUACACAUAACUAAAUGCACAUUCCUGUGCUGACCUUCCGUUGGUGUAAAGGUCAGCCGUUACGGCCAAACCGAGGCUGUAAACCAGUUGUAAGCGCAGCCAAUUUGUCAGAAGGUGCACGCAACAUGGCUGGAGGAUAAACUGUCCAUCACACACGCAGGUGCUUCCACUUGCGUCGUCUUCAUGUUGGUGUUAACGGACCGUAAUCUGGCUAACAGAGCGUGGUGGUUAGCGUUUGAGGCCAUGACGAGGUCAGCUAGCUGUUGUUGGUCACUGAGCUUUUUAUAGCUAACGCUAACUCAGUCCUGCUGGCCCGUUAACGUUCUGUUGGACCACCGAGGACAGCGCGCGACCUUGGGGACGUUGUCAUGGAUUUGACUCGGUUGGCUGUGGAUGCUGGUCAGUUCGUCAACCGGGCUGUUCAGUACACGGGGGAGAGUCUUGGCCAGGCACACAAGACAGAGUUGGACCCCGGGCUGGAGGAGCUCCUGGCCCGGACAGACGCCACCAAAACCUGGACAGACCAGAUAAUCUCCCAGACUGAGGUUUUACUGCAGCCCAACCCCGGAGCACGUUUAGAGGACCGGCUGUAUGAGCAUCUGGAUUGGAGCGUCCCACCUCGGCCUCGAGCACAUGAGAUACUGGGAGACCAAAUGAUCCAGGCUGGGCUGGAGAUGGGAGCCAAUACACCCUAUGGAACGGCACUGCUCAGGUGUGGAGAGGCUCAGAAGCAUCUUGGCGAGGCAGAGAGGAAGUUUGUCCAAAGCACCAACAUCCACUUUCUCACCCCUCUGAGAACUUUCACUGAGGGGGAAUACAGGGCCAUACAGGAUGAGCGCAGGAUGUUGGUGAAUAAACGUUUGGACUUGGACAUAGCUAACACCAGACUAAGGAAAGCCCAUGAGGCUGACCAAGAGGCCAGAAAUCUGAAUGCAAACCCGCUGGACGUCGACUACUUGUCUCAUGUCUCCUACAUGUUCAGCUUCCUGCGUGUUAAAUGGCUAAAGAUGUGGGCUCAGGAAAUCUCUCAGGCAGAGAUGGAGCUGAGGAUCUGUCAGACUCUGUUCGACCGACAGUCAGAAAUUACAAGACAAGUUGCGGAAGGAAUCAGCAACACUCACAGCAACCACAUGCAGAGCCUGACUGACUUUGUGGAGGUUCAGGCCUGUUACUUCCACCAGUGCAACCAACAUGCUCAGGAGCUUCAGAAACAGCUGGCCAGCAUUCCAGCAGUCCUCUGCUCCAAUAACUGGCAGUCAGCAAUUAGCAAUGCAGUUAAUCAGCCAUCUACAAGCAACCAUGUAGCCAAUGAGCCCGCUGGGUUAAAUCAGGUCACUCCAAUUCCUAUAUUUGACCACCACCUUCCAGACUUCGACCAGGACUCGUGGACUGCAAAUCCACCGCCUGGAACUGAAAAAACAACUGAUUCCUCUGUUACCACACAGCCACCUGAUCAGACAAAUAAUAACAAUAACAACAACACCUUCUUUACUGAUGGCCAGGCAACCAGUCACUGUUCAGCGGCCGACCAAGCAUUUGAUCAUGUCUGUACAUCAAAUUCAGACAGUCACCCAAAAGAUCAGAUCUCAGUACUCGGCAGAACAGUCAGCACACCAACCAACAGAGCAACAGCUGCAAUAACCAAUGAUGCAGGUAUUCUGAGAACAACAGCUUCCCCACCUUCUGGACUUAGUGGAACCUCAAACGAGUCUCAGACAGCAAAUGCAGUCGCUAGUGAGACCGUAACAACCAGUGCCAUGGCUAUUGAGACCUUGACAACCAAUGGCAUGGCUGCUGAGCCCCAAACAACCAAUGAAACCGCAAGAGAGCUGCCCACCAUUAAUGGAGAAGAUGUCCAGCAGUCAUCAACUGUGGUUCAGUAGAGACUAAUGUCUGGCGGGGGAUGUGACACCAGGCCAAAGCCAUGUCAGCUGGGACUUAACUUUGAUUGGAGCUUCAGCUGAUUUAGACCAGUGGUAUUUGGCAUUGUAGACCUGAGAAUACAGACUGUAUUAGAAAGGAACAGAUACACAAUCAUUGGUGUGGUACAACAUGUGGUAUGGUUAAAAAAACAUUAAUUAAUCCAUUAGGGAAGAUAAUGUGAAGUGGUUGUAACGUGAAAUAGUGCCACAAUCAUUUUAGCCUUUAGCCAUAUUCAUAUAUUAUUCAUGUUGUAUGAAAAUUAUGACUUGAGUAUCAGUCACAGUCAGAUUGUGAAAAGUUGUUUUCAUUCUGUGAAACUAAAUCUUUAUUUUUACAUUUAGCUAAAUGAGAGAACUAAUGAAGCUUUGUGCCAAGUGUAUGUGUAUAUAAUUGUUGGUGUGAAAGCAUCACUUCAAGUGUGAGUGUUUCUGUCUGUGUCCAUGUCUGUCAGCAACCCAUGUGCACUCACUUAUGUUUACAGCCUCCCCAAACCUGUGACAAGAGAGGUGUAUGUACAUGUAUGUAACUCUGCCACCUCUUGACUCAUGUUACUAGAAGCUGAGGUCAUUUUCCACAUGAAACAUGUUACUUACGUGUGUCGGUGUGACAAAACACCAAGCUGAACAGGACCUUUAUGCUGUAGCAUGGUGCAAAAUAUGUUUCCUCAUACACACUCUGGGUGUUUCCCCCUACACACAGUCAAAACAUUUAUUCACUUUUAUCCUUUUACCCCCUAAAAGCCCCCACUAGGUGAAAUGGGUAGAGGUUUCCAUGUCCAGAUGUUGUUAAUUUUCUACGUGAGGGCAGCCCUGCUCUACUGUGGUGUGGGUCCACUCUGGGGACAUAUUAACGUAGCAGAGUACUGAUGUAAUCGCCCACCAGCUCUAUGCUGCUCUACGCGUUUGUCCCAAUACUUAAAGAUGUGUGUGUAUGGAUAACUACAGUAUUCACAAUUCAGGUUGCUGCCAGUUUUAAACUGUGUGUACAGUCAUAAUUCAGUCACAUGCUGUAUAUUGAGUUGAUGUCAGUGCGAGGUUGGAGUUUUCACUUGAUUCAUGUGAAGAUGUGGAAAUAAAUACAAACACUGAUGUCAUGUCAAUCCAA